UACCAUAAUUCCCUGCACUUCAUUCUCCUCCAUGUCACAUCACACACUCCUUUAUUCCCAACUUCCGCACGACAAUCUUUUUUUCCUAAUAUAAUCCCAUCUUUCCUUCCAGGUGACCAAAGCUCUCCCACUAAAACAACUCCCUCGAUAACCACAGUUCAGGCAACUGCCGGAGCGGCGUCCGGCACACACUGGUACAGUCCCCGCGUCAGUCCACACCCCAGGCCGGCACGAUGGGCGAGGCGGGAAGAGUAGUGGACACAGUCAGUGCAGAGCUAGCGAAGGAUGAGAAGGCAGGGAAGAAGGAGAGUCUGAAGGAAAGCUUUCGACGAUUCAUCAAAGAUCUAACGACACCAAGACUGUUGUUGUAUAAAAUCCUUUACUUUUUAUACCUCGCGGCGAUAGUGAUCCUGUGGCCGCAGUUCGCGGUGCACCAGGCGGCGCUGGGCUUCAGCGUGGCCCACACCGGCAUCUUCAGCACCGUGGGGUCAGCAUUCAACAUCCUCACGCCUUUCGCAGGCUUCGUGGCUGACAAAAUAGGAAAUUAUAAGUCUGAAACUUUAGAGGUCAAAUUCACAUCCUGUUCCUUCUGCUGCAUCUCACUCAGCCUCUUUCUCCUGCAGAUAAUACUCGUGUUAUCUACUGUGCUGACAUCAGUGCUAGCCUCCCUCCACACCUUGGUGCCCAGUGCCAUGGUGCCUUUCGCCGCAAACACCACCGACAUCACUAACAUCACCGACGCGCUCACCACCACCGCCACCGCCGCUCCUGCCAACACUACUUCUUCACCCGCGCUUGACGUAGAUCCUGAGCUGCUCACUAUCACUUUCUGGACUUACCUGGCUGUCCGCACUGCCCACGGGGCCCUGCACGCAAUAUCGUACACACUCUUCGAUGCCGCGGUGAUGGCAGAGGUACAGGAGAAAGGAAUAGACUACGGGUUCCAAAGAGCGUGGGGAACACUGGCAGCGAUUGCAGCGUCCUCCCUCAGUGGAUACCUGGUGCAGGCGACUGGAGGGUAUAGCGUAAUCUUCUACGUGUCUACGGCGCUACAGUUGCUCUCCGCUGGUCUGAUGAUAUUCCUCAGCCUGGACUUCAAGCCGCCCUCCACCGACCUCACGCGUCACAUCCUCCGGCUCUUUGCAAACGCCGAGGUCAUUCUGUUCUUCAGUGCCAUUCUCGCCUCGGGAGUGUUCUUCGGGUUCCUGGAAACCUUCAUGUACCGGUACAUCUUUAGCCUGGGCGGCGAUAACAAGCUGCUGGGACUCACAGUGACGGUGGGGACGCCCUUCGAGUUCAUUUUCAACCUCCUGGCUUCCUUCAUGGUGCCUUACACCGGCCACGCCUCCAUCAUUGUCCUUGGCCUUGUGGGGCACGCCAUCAGACUGUUAGGGUUCAGCUACCUGGAGAACCCCUGGUUGGUGUUGGGGCUGGAGGUCUUGGAAUCAAUAAGCAACGGUCUGACAUUCACCGUGAGCAUGAUGUACUGCACUGUUCUCUUCUCCCUGGAAUCCAUUGCUUCCUUCAGAGGGUUGUUCGUCGUUGUCUACUUCGGCGUGGGAAAAUCCAUCGGUGCUGGUAGCGGCUCGUGGCUCCAGGAUGUCUUUGGUGAACGAGGAUCAUUCAGAGUACUCUCGUGGGUGGCCUUUGCCUCCGCCUUCCUCUAUGCUGUUGCUUUCUACGGUCACAAGAGGUGGAGGAUGUGGCGAGGGGAAGCAGAAAAGACUUCAGACGCUGUGGUACCUGACGGCAAGGUGUCAACAAUAUCACGUUCAGACAUGCAAGAAAUGAAGAACGGUAUUGAUAAUCCUUCCUUGGUGUCGGAUGAGUAGAUACUGAAGGAGGUUAUGAAAGUAGAAGAGGCAAGUGGAAGUAAUGGAGGAGGCGGUAAAGAAGGAGAUGAAGGUGGUGAAUACGAAGUGGUGGAGAUCGAGGUGACAAAAAGGCCAUGGCGAGAAUAUUUAUAAUUCUGAUGUAAUUAUUUUUAUAGAGAAUUACAGCGAUUCGUGAAUGAAGUGUGAAGUGCUGAUGACGUGAAGCAGGAAAGCAAAGUGAGUGUAAUGAAGGAUGUAAAUACUAUGGAAAUGUGCGAGAGUUAUAACAUUUCAUCAUUAAUAGUAUAAACCCAUACAUGGUAACGAAUAAAAAAACGGGAUAGUAGUAAGAGCAAAGGGAGCGAACAAAUGCGAUGGUACAUGAAGAUGGAGUACAAGAGUUAAAGGAAAGAACAGCCAAGUGCAUAAGACAUAAGAUGGCACUAGUGUGAGGUUAGUGAAGCAAACUGGAGAAAAAUAUAGGAAAUGGUUCCCAUGAAAUACUAAAUAUACCAGAAAACAAUGGGUAUUAAAAAGAAAAUGUAAUUUACGAUGAAUGAAAAUUGAUAACAAUAAAUGAAAAACCAAUAGUCAAGUAAUGAUACUGGAAAAAAAGGAAGAAAUAGUAUGAACGUAAAAAGGUUGCAGGAAAUAUGAGGCGGAAAUUGUGUUGAAGCAGUAUACUACAUAUAGAAAACGAGGACAAAAGGUAGAAAAGGAAGGAAACAAUAACAUGGCAAUAAACCAAGAAACUAAAGAUAAAUAAAAAAAAUAAAACGCAAAAUUAAAAUAUAAACAGAAAAUUAUCAAUCAAUCAAUCAUGGGAGCAUACGCCAGAGGGCACGUCGCCUCACCUACCCUAUGGCGCCACUCCAGGUGGUCAUGCCUCACGAGUCUCCAUGCAGGCUCCCUUCCCAUGCCAACUAACUCAGCAGGAGGCAUCAACUUGCCGCAGCCAUGAGUUUUGUGGACGUCCCCUUGGUCUUCUCCAUGCUGGGUUAUCGCUAUCAGAGACAACCCGAUAUGCAGGAUCGGCUUCCGGGUAGCGUGCCACAUGCCCAUAAAGUCGCGUUUGGCGUUGGCGGACUAUGCUGGCAAUCAGCCUCGAAUCAGACUGAAAGAGCAAUCGCUGAUUUGACACAAAAGUCACACCAGCGGUACCCCAUGACCCUUCGAAGGCAUCUACUAUGGGUUUCACUGGCCGUAUUACACUGUUUUUCGCAAAUAAUUCCUAAACGAAUUGUCGGAUCAGUAUGGUAUUUCAACACAAAGCCUUUUACACCCCUACCUAAUUUAUGGCCCACAUAUCAUAUUGCUAUAUGGGUUUACUAAGGAGUUUACUCUUGUAUAUUUAAGUCGAAUCCAGGCAUGGUCACUAAGGUCUUAUACACAUUCGAACGAGUGUGGGGUACUCGUCUAACCCCUCCUACACCCCUACCAACCCCCAGAUUAUUCCCUCCCUACCCUCAUACCGCACGCCCAAGCCGCACGGUGCUGAAGGGGUUAAAGACAAUCCUGUUGUUUUUGUUAAUGGUUGUAAAGCUGUAUGCGUGUGCUAAAGGAAUAUAAUAUUGAGGACCAAAGCACAAGCACAAGAGUAGGGGGUGGGGACGCAUCUUCUGAAUGUGUAGACGUGACUUCCUGGCUACGGCUUAAUAUACACGAGUAAACUCCUUCGUAAACACAUACAGAAAUAUGCUAUGUGGGCCAUAAAUUAGGUAGGGGUGUAAAAGACUUUGUGUUGAAAUACCAUACUGAUCCGACAAUUCGUUUAGGAAUUAUUUGCGAAAAACAGUGUAACACGGCCAGUGAAACCCACAGUAGUACCAAAGACAUCAAUUCACCUCUUCAGAUCGGUGUUCAGUGUCCAUGUCUCACAGUCGUAGAUUAAGACAGGGAUCACCAACGACUUGAAGAUCCGAAUCUUUGUACAUCUGCUCAGGUACCGACAACACCAAAUACUCGUGUUGAGUGAGUCCAUAACAUCGUGAGUCAGGCCAAUCCGCCGUACAAUUUCCUGUCUUGACCUACCAUCGUUACGCACUACACUACUGUUAGGUUCACCGGUAAAAUGGGUAAGAUUGGCAUC